UGGGAGAAGCUGUAGAUGGUUUUAUUUUUCUGCUGCAAGAAGACUUAUUGUUUGCUUUUGGCCCACCACUUGGGAGACGGCUGCAGCUGCAGAGGGAGGCUCAGGCAGAAGCCCGGGGUUCAAGUGGAGGCCAGCGGGGCCCCUCCGAGGCUCCUAGUGGGACCGGAAGGCGGGCCUUUGGAAGAGAACGCGCCUGCGGAGGCGAGUCAGGUGUUCGGCAUCGUCCGAGGAACGUCACGGCCUCGUGCCGGAAGUGAUCGUCCGGAAGCCACGGAACUGGGCGUCCGAGCGCUCGUCCCCGUCCCGAAGGUCCCGGAUGUCUGUAUCGGCUCCGCUGCAACGCCGCGGGGUGGGACCCACGUUCUCAGGAGCCGGCUGAUCGUGGCCGAGCGGAAACCCCGACACAGCUGGCUGUUUCUCGCCAUGUCUUCUCACAAGACUUUCAGGAUCAAGCGAUUCCUGGCCAAGAAACAAAAGCAGAAUCGUCCCAUUCCCCAGUGGAUUCGGAUGAAAACUGGUAACAAAAUCAGGUACAACUCCAAGAGGCGGCACUGGAGAAGAGCGAAGCUGGGCCUGUAAGGGAUCGUGCAUGAGAUGGCCCACGUCUAUUCUGCCGCCCGCAAGUCCUGUGCUCUGGUUCAUCACCUCCCCGUUACUCGGCCUGUAGACCAGUUUUAUCUGGGAAAUGACUUCUCUGUUAUGAUUUUGCAUCAGUAUAUUGGUUCAGGAAUAAACACAUGAGAUGUUUUGGUUGGAAAAAAGA